UAGACCAGUCGCCGGUCACCCUCCACCUCAAUCACCUAACAAGCUGAAGCCUGAAAGGCACCUCCCAACGGCGACGAGCUACAAGUAACGACGAUAUAGUACUCGGUCAGUUUUUACCCACUCUCCAUCACACUGCGUGCAUCUCACUUCCGGUCUGCUUUUCCGUAAUUCCACUCCAUCUUCUCUUUCUCCCCGCCACACGCACUGCAAACGUAUUAUCCCUCUUUAAACCCCCCUUCUAUGUUCUCUAACUCUACAUUUCCCCUUUCCCUCUCGUAAACAUGCGAACGCUUUUCUCUCUCGUACUUCUGCUCUGCCUUCUCUCUCUAAAUACCGGCGAUUCGAACCCUCGAGACGACGUCGUAAAUGGAUCUUCUGUAUUGAAUUCUUCUAGACCCGAAGAACAUAGCUUAGCCGACAUGAUUGAUCGCGCAUUAGAAAAAGAGUUCAAUGAGACUGAUGAACACUCCGACGUCCCAGAUCAUGGUAGCUUCAACAAUAGCGUGACAGAACAGCAGGUCAGUAUCCUUCCUUGUUGAGUGUCUGAAUCCUUG